CGGUGAUUUGUUUUGUCAAAAUGGCAUCUUGAUUUCAUCGCGUAUGAAAAUAGUCAACUUCAACGGCAAACAUAAUAUUGCCGAGUGUCAUGAAAAAUUUACGCCACCUCCUAUGGAUAUAACUUCUUAA